CCACUCCGAAUUCCAUCAUUUGCCAAUCUUUCCCCCAAAAGGCGAUGAGAAAAGGUAAGCGUGAAACUUUCUGAUCGUACCGAUGAACCAGAUGGUCACUGUGAAUGAAUGUGUUGGGUGAGCCAAAGUACGGUAUCAUUCAAGUUUCGGCCACCCCGACGAAGGCUAAAUAGGAUUACUCUAAAAUUUUAUUUUUCAAAUUCCCGUUGUGUAAAGAAACGUAAGUUUGACUGACUUGGACAAGCGGCACCUAAAAUUCUAAAUAUCGUUGCCGUGGCCGACUUCUGCUCUACUCUGCUAAAGUUUAGAGUGAAGAAGAUGGCUUCAUCUCCUGUCCAAUUGCCUUCACAUUCCAAAUCAAUCAAAAGAAAAUGAUCAGAUAAAUUACUGAAAUUCUUUUAAAUGGCAAAUAUUCAUUCCCUCCACAGAAAACCCGUAUCUUUAAAUAUGGUUUUAACCCCAUCUUCAGUCACUUUUCCGUUGAAUAGCUCUCGCUUGUGCAUCUGUUGCGCAAUCAAGACGGGUUCGAAUGGCAGUGUAGUUCGGAGCGGGCAAGACUCUUUGUCUUUUGCUUCGUAUAUGUUGAGGAAGCUGGUGGUCUGUCCCUCGUUUCAUGGCGGCGCGGUGACGGCGAGUCGGCGAAGGAAGAUUCUGAUUUUUAAAGUGAGAAUAAGAGUGGAGAUGGUGAUACGUGGUCGAUUUGGAAGACCAGAUUUUGGCGGUCACCGUGCCUCUUGUUGGCAUUUUGAGGAUUAUUCUUCAUUCUGGAUAAAUGAUGGAGAACUCGUUGACUUCUCAUACUGGAAAUGCAUAAAGGGUUUGAUCCAUAAAAAUUAUCCUCUGUUUGCAGACAGCUUCAUACUCAGGCAUUAUCGGAUACCAUAAUUGAAGGUAAACAUUUGAAUUGAGCUCACCAAUGUUUAUCUUCCUCAAAAAUUUCCUAUGUGGCUUUAGGCUUAGGGUAUCACUCAUUUGUGCUGAAGCUCAAUGUAUUAGCUAGAGGUGAUGUUCAGAACUUUUGUUCUUUAUUUGUUUGGAAACUGGAACAAUCUUCUCUUAACAAUAUUUAAGUUGGUUUCUGAUUGAAUGAAAAAACUUGGAUAUAGUUUCUCGUUUCUC